AGAGGGUUGAAUCUGCUAUACACUCACAACACAGGGCAACUGCUGCCUGUCUGGGAACUAUUCACACACACACCCCUCCUCCUUCCCUCUUUUCUCUUAAAUCCAGGGUUUUGUUCCCCCCUCCGGGUAACUUUUGUUGAGAGAGAGAGUGUUUGCGUGCUGUUUUGUUUUGCUCCCCUCCUUCACUGGAUUCGUACUACCAUCUUUGGUUUGUCCAUACGGCUGUAGUCUACUGUCCUGAACAUUUCAGUAUCUCCACUGAGCAGAGGAGAGAGCAGGCAUUUUUGCUCCCUCUCUGAGAGGACUUAAAGUGUGUGAGAGAGCGAGAGAGGGAGAGCUCAAGCGACAGUGUGGGGAAAGGAUGGCUGCCUGCCUCUGAGCUGCCUCUGCGCUUACGGAAAUAAGGAACUAGAGACAAAAGGGGGAAAAAAUUACUUUUCAGAAAGAAGGAAAUUGUUUUCCUUUCUUGGAGGAGGUUAAACAAAGGGAUUUGAACAAUGCCUGCUGAAGUGAAACAGGUUGGGCUGUUUACAGACAGCCAGGGAGAGCUGUCCUGUCCGCUGAGUAGCUACCAAGAGUGAGAGUUUACUGAGCAGAGCCCCAGUAACCAGACGUCUCUGGCCAUGAUGCAGGAGCCCCAGGAGAUGGUGGAGGAGACAGUCACCAUCGAGGAGGACCCUGGCACGCCCACCUCCCAUGUGUCCGUUGUCACCUCCGACGACGGCACCACACGACGCACAGAAACCAAGGAUAUGUCAACUAACCUGAAGGUGACCAAGGUGAUCAAAACCAUCACCCGUCGCAGGUACCUGCCAGUGACCCUCACAGAGACCCUGGUGGUGCCAGGAGGUUCCAUCACCCCGCAGUCCAAACCCAGCACCCCGGUGCCCACCCCUUCUCCCACCCCCUCCCCAUCAGAGACUGACCCAGUAAAGAAAACAAAGGCACCCAAACGUCUGGUGACUAAGAUGGUGAAGACGGUGACCACGCGGACGGUUCGCCAGGUGCCCUUGGGCCCCGACGGCCUGCCCCUGCCUGAGGGCUCCUCCCCGCUGGGCAGCUACACAGACUCCAUUGACCGGCGCUACCUGAAGAACGGCGAGCGCUAUAUCACCACGCCGCAGGCCACCUCCACACUCACACGCUCCUACAACAACUACAACGACUCCUACAGCGACGCACUCCCCCCCGACGCUGGUGGGAGUCAGUACGGUGGGCGCCACUACGGCCUCCAUGACGGCUACGGCAUUGGAGAUGCAACGGACAACUAUGGCAGCCUGUCCCGCGGAGUCAACUUCCGGCCACCCCGCUACCCCUACGCUAUGGCUAACAGCUAUCGGCCAGAGAACAGCUACGGGACCCUACCCAUCCGGAAGGAUGACUACGGCCACGUGGCCCAGCCCCAGGUCCCCAUGGGCAGCAGCAGUGUGGACCUGAACCGUUCGCAGCCAGAACGCUUCCAGCCAGAGCCCUACGGACUGGAGGACGACCGCCGCAGCCUGGGCCCCGAGGAGGAGGAGCCCUAUGACCUGGAGCCUGACUACUCCACUGCUAGCCGGCGCCAAGGCACGCUGCCAGGCACCAACCGCGGCAGAACCAUGAGAGAGCCGCUCCGCGACGGGCCACGCAUCAGGGGUUACGAGGAUCCCAUCGAGGCGGAGAUGAUUGACGAGCGACACCCCUACAUCCAUGGCAUGUACCCGGCCCCCCUGGCCCAGCCCGAGAGGGGGAGCAUGGCCAGCCUGGACCGCCUGGCUGGCCGCCGCUCGCCCUCCAUCGACAGCAUCCGCAAGGACCCGCGUUGGCGUGACCCCGAUCUGCAAGAGGUCAUAGCCAUGCUGGGCCACCCCAUCGACCCGGUCAAGUCUAACGCCGCCGCGUAUCUGCAGCACCUGUGCUACGAAAACGACAAGAUCAAGAAAGAUGUGCGCCAGCUGAAGGGGAUCCCGGUGCUGGCAAGCCUGCUGGACCAUCCCAAGGCUGAGGUCCACCGCAAGGCCUGCGGAGCCCUGAGAAACAUCUCCUACGGCAAGGACCACGACAACAAGGUGGCCAUCAAGAACUGUGACGGUAUCCCCGCCCUUGUCCGCCUACUGAGGAAGACCAACGACAUGGAGGUCCGCGAGCUCAUCACAGGGACCCUGUGGAACCUGUCUUCCUUUGAGCCUCUGAAGAUGGUGAUUAUAAACCACGGACUGCAGACUUUGACCAACGAGGUCAUCAUCCCCCACUCAGGCUGGGAGCAUGAGCCCAACGAGGACUCCAAACCUCGUGACGCAGAGUGGACCACCGUCUUCAAGAACACAUCAGGAUGUCUGAGGAAUGUGAGUUCGGACGGGGCAGAGGCAAGGCGCAGACUAAGGGAGUGUGAGGGGCUUGUGGAUGCUCUGCUGCACGCCUUGCAGUCAGCGGUGGGUAAGAAAGACAUGGACAACAAGUCUGUGGAGAACUGUGUGUGUAUCAUGAGGAACCUGUCUUACCACGUUCACAAAGAGAUCCCAGGGGCCGAGAAGUUCACAGACCCGUCCGUUCUGCAGGCCCCGAGCUCUGCGGGCCCUCAGAGGAAGAAGAAGGAUGACGCAGGCUGCUUUGGAGGGAAGAAGGCCAAAGAGGAAUGGUUUAAUCAAGCCAGAAAAAACGGCGAGAAUGACAAAAACUACGAUACGCUGGAUCUACCCAAGCGCACAGAACCCACAAAAGGUUUUGAGCUGCUGUACCAACCAGAAGUGGUGAGGCUGUACCUGUCUCUGCUAACUGAGAGUCAGAACUACAACACUCUGGAGGCUGCCGCAGGGGCCCUGCAGAACCUCAGCGCCGGACAGUGGACCUGGUCUAACUACAUCCGUGCCACAGUGAGGAAGGAGAAGGGUCUUCCCAUCCUGGUGGAGCUACUGCGUUCUGACUCUGACAAGGUGGUCCGAGCCGUGGCCAUCGCGCUGCGCAACCUCUCCAUCGACCGCCGCAACAAAGACCUGAUCGGGAGCUAUGCCAUGAGGGACCUGGUGAGUAACCUGCCCAGCGGUCAGCAGCGGCCAGCCAAGAACCUGGAGGAAGACACGGUGGUGGCCAUCCUCAACACCAUCCACGAGAUCGUGACGGACAGCUCUGAGAACGCACGCUCCCUCAUCCAGGCCCAGGCCAUCGAGAAACUGGUGGCCAUCAACAAGACAAGCCAAUCACCACGUGAGGACAAGGCCGCCUCCCACGUGCUGCAGACGGUGUGGAGCUACAAGGACCUGAGGAACGCCCUGACCAAGGAAGGAUGGAACAAGAGCCACUUCCAGCCUACAGCGACCGGCGCCCCUAAAGCAGCCAAGAAUGGCAAGCCAGGCUAUGACGACACCACUCUGCCCCUGAUGGAGAAGAACCAAGGUCAGUCUGUGAUGGCAGGCGAGACUGGGGAUCCUCCGGGCCUGGCCUACUGUGGUGAACUGAGCACCAAGAAAAAUGGAAGUGGUGAUAUGAUACCUAUGGACGAGCUUGGUCCAGAUGGCUACUCCACCAUCGACCAGAGAGACAAAGACUGCAAGUACAAGAGUAGUGGAGACGGGUCAGUGGACCUGUCAGAACGCGAGCCAUUAAAGAAUGACACAAAUAGGAAACACUAUGUCAGGAGUAACAGGCCUGCAGUCAAACUGGUGGAUGCUUGUGACGUUAAACCUCAGCCUGUUGACUCCUGGGUCUAAAUGCAUGCAUGGCUUAAAUAACGACAGCGUAACACCUAAACUAGAGGAUCUCCCAUGUCAUCACUGCCAUAACACAUGGAACUCAUUUUGAUGUUGACUCGUCAGCAGAUAGACUUUGUAAAAGAAACGAUCAUCCAACAACCAAUGUUUCAUGCUUUUGAAUCAGCAAAUGAAAUGAUGUAUAAAAAAAGAAAGGAAAGAAAAUCUAAAAACGACUACUUGUCAUAUCUACAUUCCCCACUGGAUGGACAGGUAUAGGGUACCCUAACAGCAAGGACUGACUGGAGCAGCACUGCAUGGUGUCAGGAUGUAGGUAUAGGGUACCCUAACAGCAAGGACUCUGACUGGAGCAGCACUGCAUGGUGUCAGGAUGGAAGAGGGGAAGUAGUCAUUGUCAUAGAGAUACAAGUAUUCUAGAGCUCUAUCUCUAUGGCAAUGUACGGAUGACUGGUGGUGGGGGAGAGAAGGUGAUGAGGAGGUGAUGUUUGUUGGGAGGAAAGGAAGUGUGUUGGAAAGGAAAGGAGACAGUUUGCUUCUAAUAGUAUUUUUUUCUAUGUUACAAUUUAGCCUUUUGUUUAGGUUUUGUUUUUGUUGGUUUGUCUUUCGUCGAGGCACAGUAAAUUGUUUUUGUUUGUAAUAUCAUUUUUAUUUUUUUUAUUUUGCUGGUCUUUGUUUUUGUUUGGGUUUUCCGGAUUGAAGAAGUGUGGACUGGUGUGGUAGAUGAAGGUUGGGUUGGUUUGAAGGACUUGAUGCUUGAAGGGCACUUAAAGGAACUGUAUACCUGCAGGUGUUGAUUGGACAUUUGGUUGGGUUACUUAUAGCUGUUGAGCGAAACAAAAUGAAAAUAUAUUUUCAGUAUCGACACAGACUAGAGGUAUGUGUUUGCCGACGAUAUAUGAAUUGCUUGGUUGGUUGCAGUUUGUCAUUGAUAUGUAUUAAAGUUGAAGAGGAUAUAAGACAUUUUGUUUAUAAAUGGAUUGUGUUAAUUAAUGAAGGAAUGGAAAGUACAUACUCCCGGUGUCAAAGGGUAGAAUCUAAAAGCAUUUGAUAUUUUUGUUGGUUUUAUAAAUGUAUAUUAGGAUCAAAGAAAAACAAAAAGAGAACAGAGAAAACAAUAGACAACUCUUAGUUGUAUACUCAUAAUAGGUUGUUUGGGAAGCACAUUCAUUGGAUAAAAUAUCAUGUUUGUAAACAGAAAUAACCACAUCAUUUAAGUGUCAAAUCUGUAGUCAUGCUGAUCACAUAUUUAUAUUUUGUACUGUCAAGAGAAAACAAAACAAAACAAGAAGAGCUGUUAUUCAGCUUUCUUUUUAAAGGCGAGUUGAACUGAUGACCUGGUCUCCAAAUCUUUCAAGGAGAUGAAUAGAGGGAGGGAGGAAGGGUUCAGCAGGGAUCCCUCAAGAGAUAAGACUGAGAGAAAAGAGGGAGGAAGGGUUCAGCAGGGAUCCCUCAAGAGAUAAGACUGAGAGAAAAGAGUGAGGGAGGGUUCAGCAGGGAUCCCUCAAGAGAUAAGACUGAGAGAAAAGAGGGAGGAAGGGUUCAGCAGGGAUCCCUCAAGAGAUAAGACUGAGAGAAAAGAGGAGGGAGGGUUCAGCAGGGAUCCCUCAAGAGAUAAGACUGAGAGGAGGGAGGGAGGGUUCAGCAGGGAUCCCUCAAGAGAUAAGACUGAGAGAAAAGAGGGAGGGAGGGUUCAGCAGGGAUCCCUCAAGAGAUAAGACUGAGAGAAAAGAGGGAGGGAGGGUUCAGCAGGGAUCCCUCAAGAGAUAAGACUGAGAGAAAAGAGGGAGGGAGGGUUCAGCAGGGAUCCCUCAAGAGAUAAGACUGAGAGAAAGAGAGGGGGAGGGAGGGUUCAGCAGGGAUCCCUCAAGAGAUAAGACUGAGAGAAAAGAGGGAGGGAGGGUUCAGCAGGGAUCCCUCAAGAGAUAAGACUGAGAGAAAAGAGGGAGGGAGGGUUCAGCAGGGAUCCCUCAAGAGAUAAGACUGAGAGAAAAGAGGG